ACAAACUUCACCAUUCCUGUAAAUUCGGCACAAUUUAGAGGGCGUAUAUGGAACUGAGAAAAAACACCCUUUCCCGCCAACUUUCUUCCAUGCAUAAAACACCUCACUAAUCCACCCAACUUUCAAAUUCUGCAAAAAUCAGUUUCCACUAUUCUGCUACUCAGCAAAAAAUUAACCGUUUCUCUCUCUAUCUUUCUCUCUCUAUAACAAUGGCCGACGUACUGAUUCUUUUCUCCGUUCUCCUACUCGCCGCCGGCACAAUUCCUGCACCACCACCUGAAGUACUUCCGUCAACACCGCUGGAGUCUUCCUCAACUGAAAUAGGCUGUGCUGAUGAACUGGUAGCGUUCUCUCCAUGUCUUCCGUACAUUUCUGAACCGCCGAAUAAUAUCUCCGAUUCACCUCCAGUUCAGUGUUGCGAUAACUUCGCGGCGGCCUUUGGUGAUGAUACUGCGAUUUGUCUUUGUUACCUUGUUCAUAACCCUGAGAUACUUGGAUUUCCGAUAAAUUCUGUGAAGCUGUUGUCGCUAACUUCUGUUUGUCCUGUGACUGAGAAACAAGGCCAAGGCCAAGCAAAUUUCUCUCUCGAAUCUCUUUGUUCAGGAGAAACUAUGCUGCCUCCUUUUCGAUCAGUAACUGCAAAUCGCAGGGGUUCAGGAUCAAGCCCAAGGCGUCCUACACCCCCUAGCCCAAGAAGUCCUAUGCCCCCUAGCCCAGCUCCUAGACCACCAGGUGAUCUUGAUAUCCCCUUACCACAAGAACCACCAGGAUCCGGCAGUUUAUCACCACCACCACCCUCCGAUGUUGACGAUGAUCAUCCUUCCCCUGAUGCUCAAGCCACAAAAUCAUGUUCAGCAGCCAUACCAAUAAUGUAUAAUUGCUGGCUAUGGGUUCUCUCUUCAAUGUCGAUUUUGCUGUAUAUCUCUUGCAAGCACGCAACUAGGUAAUAUUGCCUCUUUCAUUGUUUCAUAAACAGAAUACCAUUGGACGAUAGUAAGUCAAAUUAGAAUCCUGUGGAUAGAUGUAAAACUGCUGGCAAAAGAAUUCUUUGUUAAACUCCUUAAGUGAUUUGACAUGCACACUGCUUCAGUAUCUGUUGUACACAUACCUAUGAC